GUAAGUAUAGCGUGGACGAGGUCUCGCGAGAGUGUGUAUCGAUCGCCUCGACAAACUGAGUCAUGAGUGGAACGCGGCGGGACGCGAUGCAAUAUGCUCGAGCCGGAUUCCAUGAAAGCGGAGACGGCGUCUCUGCCGGGCGCCCGACGAAGUCCUCUCGACGUGUUCGCAAGCAUGUUCCGAAGGCGGGCCCGAGAGGUGGAAGCUCGAGGUUCCGCGGGACCCAGCAUGACGCAGUCUUCGGACCGCAUCUGGGACCUCCUGUCGACGUCCCCCGUGCGGGCUCGCAACCUGGAACAAGACAUGGAGGCCCUGCGUCGUUCCCGCACGGACAACCCGUACCUUCAGCAGCAGAUGGAACGGUACUCCCUUCAGGAUGAGGGCCGCUGCGACGACCAGCAGCUGCUGUUCGCCGACGAACAAGUCGACUGCCAGGACCUCCACAAGCACCUGGUACGCAGUCCGCCUCCGCAGUUUCCUCACGACGUGGCCCAGUUUGUGUUUCCUGGACAGACGGGAUCCCCGCAGCACUCUCAAUAACCAUCAUGUGUGAGACGAGCCUCAAGAUUCCUGCGCUAGUAAAAAAAAGAACCUUC